UUGAAGGUUUGAGAGAAGAAGUCGCUCUACAGGCCAUUUCACCAUAUCUACCUCUUCGGAGAACCUCCAUGGCCGAAACUCACGCACCUCAUUUCCUCGAACACGAUAAACAAUUAAUCAAAUCAAAGUCUAUUCCCCAUUCACAUUGCUCCAUUUUUAGGCCUCUCUAAACAUCCCACCAUGAUACCCCCAUUUCCUUCUUCUUACCUCCCAAUCGAGCGUUUCUGUGUCCAUUCAUACACCAAUACAAUUUACCCUUCUUUAGUGGAGACUCUUCGGAAGGGUAUCCCCUAGUUGGACCUUCCUUUUCUGUCGUGUUUUUUUUAUAGAUCUCUUGUCUCUGUUUCUCUCUGUUUCUCUCUGUUUCAGAGUUUUCGCCAUGGAGAAUGAUGCAACUCGCAAAGCUUGUGAUCUAAGGGACAGUGAUAGGGGUUUGGGAGAAGUAGCAAAAAAGCCUCCCCGCUACAUGGCUACUUAUGGGAAGCAUAAAAUGCGAAGCAAUAUCUUCUCGUCUGCUUCGGCUCGAGACUUGAGGUGUUUCGACUUCGAAAUCGAGCAACGUGAUGUGUUAUCCCCUAGAGGCGUUUUGGAAGCAAGCUUACAAAGUUCGGAAUUCGAUCCCGAUUCGUUGAAUGAAAGUAACCAAGAAUCAGAGAAUCAAGCUUCACAAUCAACAGCUCUUUCUCACUGGAAAAAGUUCUUUAGUUCAUGGAAGAAGAAAUCAUUCAGACGUUUAGCCUCUUUUCCUCCUCUUGGGGUGCUGAAGAUGUCGAGAAGAGAGAGCAAGACCAGGAGAGAGAAUCCGGGGCUAAGUGACUUGUUCAAGUUCAAGUCGUCGUUGAGAAACUUUACGUUCCCCGAACUCCAAACCGCAACCAACAAGUUUAGCCAUGACAAUAUGAUCGGGAAAGGCGGCUACGCCGAGGUUUAUAAAGGGCGUUUACAAGACGGGCAGCUGAUAGCAGUGAAGAUGCUGACUAAAGGAACAACAGAUGAGAGAGCUGCUUGCUUCUUGUCUGAGCUUGGCAUCAUUGUUCAUAUUGAUCAUCCUAACACUGCUAAAUUGAUUGGUUGUAGCAUAGACGGAGGCAUGCACCUUGUUUUCAAGUUGUCUCCAAAUGGAAGUUUAGGAUCUUUUCUUCGUGGUCGAAAUGCAAGCAAACUCGACUGGUGUAAACGAUACAAGAUCGCUCUUGGUAUAGCCGAUGGUCUUUUGUAUCUCCAUGAUAAUUGUCAGAGGCGUAUCAUUCAUCGAGAUAUCAAGGCCGAUAAUGUUUUGCUUACGGAAGAUUUCGAACCUCAGAUUUGUGAUUUUGGCCUUGCAAAGUGGCUACCCAAACAGUGGACUCACUACAGCGUGUCAAAAUUCGAGGGCACGUUCGGAUACUUUGCUCCGGAAUAUUUCAUGCAUGGAAUAGUUGAUGAGAAGACUGAUAUUUAUUCUUUCGGAGUUCUGUUGUUGGAGCUCAUAACCGGUCGUCAAGCUUUGGACGAAUUACGUCAAAGCCUCGUAUUAUGGGCAAAGCCUCUACUAGAUAGCAACAAUCACGAGGAGCUCAUCGAUCCCUGUCUUAGUAAAAGCUACGAUCUCGAAGAGAUGGAACGUGUGAUUUUGACUGCUUCUUUGUGCAUCGAGCAGUCUCCUAUUCUCCGACCUCGAAUGAGUCAGGUCUACGUCCUGCUAAGAGGCGACAAAUACGUAGCGGAGUGUGAAAAGAAUACAAGGGCGACACUGCAACGAACGUACUCGGAAGAGCUGUUCGAUGCACAAGAAUACAACCAGACUAGAUACCUAAGGGAUCUUAAAAAACACAGGCAGCUUGCUUUGGGGUGUUGAAAGUAUUCACCUUCACCUAAAGGAAUUUUCACACAUGAGCUUUGACCCUUAAUCCCUAUAUUUGUACUACAUUCUUCAA